CGGUGACCGUUGACUUGGUUCAUGUUGUUUAUCGAUGCUCGAAAAAUCGGUGCGUUAUUUUAAUAUUAUUACUUUAAACCAGUAAAUAUGCGCUUAUAAAUAAUGGAUAAACAGGGCACAAAACUAUUUAUAAAUGAUAUUGAAAAUAAAGAAGAAAUAUUCAACGUAAUAGUAAAUGAAUUACGAGGACAUGGAAUCAAGUAUCGUAAAGAGAAACGAACGAGAACUGGUCAGGAAAAGAUCCGAUGUAAAAGAAUUUUCAAUGUUCCGCUCUAUACUUUAGAGUUGACCGAUGUAAUUCUUGCAAAUGGAGGAGUAGCACAGGUUCCUCUUUUUGUUUCGAAUGCUUGUCAGCGAAUUUUGGAGCAGGUCAACACAGAGGGUUUAUUUCGGAAGGCGGGAUCUUCUAAAAGACAACAAGAGAUUAAGGCCAGCCUAGAAACUGGAAAGCCACUGGGGAAAUCUUACCACGUUAUAGAUAUUGCCAAUAUUUUGAAAACAUUUUUUCGGGAUCUUCCGGAACCUAUUUUACCUACUGGGAAUAUUCAAGAAGCUUUGAUUCGAUGCCUGUUGUCAGGCGAGCAUAAAGUGUAUGAUCUAAUGAUUACUUGUUUGCUACUUCCACCGAUAACACUAAAUACGUUAGCGUUUUUCAUGCAAUUUUUGCACACUGUUUCACUCCAUUCAAAUAGCAACAAAAUGACAAUUGAAAAUUUGGCCAUAAUAUUGACACCCAACUUAAUGCCAAUAGCAGAGAUGAUACAACAGCGACUGACUAGUCACGUAAAAGUUAUACAACUGUUGAUUGAAAACUCUCAUCAGAUCGGAGUAAUUCCGGGGCCUGUUCUUGAAAAGCUCAAUGACACAAUCAGUGGAGUUCGUCAGUCAAGUGAUCAGCAUGGUACCAUGAUGGCUCAGAACAUGACGGAUAAAAAGAAAAAGAAACGAAGAAGUGGUUCGCUGACUCGAAUGUUUCAUGGAUUGAAAAAAAUUGUUGGGGCCAUUGGAUCGUCAGAGAGUUUAGACAAAAGCGAUGAAUUAAUUGAUACAGAUACUACAGUUUCGAUUGCUACUCCGUGUCUUAAUAAGUUCAACAAGAAACGCAAGGUUGCUGAUGGGAUGCCGUUCAGUGCAAAAAAAAAGAAAGAAGUCGUUUCAUCGCUACCAGAUAGUCAGGAAAUUUUGCCAUAUACUCCCAUAGCAAUACUAAAACAGGCUAAAAAGUCUCGUUUGAGCCUUGGAGGGAAUAAAAACAAAAGCAGUAAGGAAAACUCUCGAUUAGUGCCCUGUUCUUCAGUAACAUCCAUAAUUGAUAAUAAGCCCAUGGAACGACGCUGGAGCGUUGUUGGGGCACCCUGGGCUCGAAAAAAGCCCAACCGUAAUGCUUCAAAGGAUCAAGUUCAAGUCGGUAACAUAACUGUAGAAGAUAAUGAGAGUGACAUGGGAGGGCUGUCGCCAGUAGUAUCCUUACCAAAUCUCAACACACCUGAUGUACAACAUGGUUGCAAAUUGGCCCAGGCGCUUCGAAAGCCUCUGCUAAGAGGAAAAACUUUGUUCGCUGACGACGAUGUUGGUAAUGAUGAUGUGAACACUAAGGUAGAUGAUAUUGAUGAGCAAGAGUUUUUGCGAAUCCCAAAAAGUGAAUAUGAAGCGAUCAAGGAGAGAGUUUCUGCAAUUGAAACACGAAUAUCACAGGAAUUUGGUAUGAUAAUCAGUAAUGUGGAAACUAGCGGAAGUGAUGCGAUAGACACAAUCAAUCGCGUGGCGGAUAAGUAUCAAGAGAUACUAGAACAUACAGAACCCAUCGAAGCUAGCUGUUCUAGUACAGACCAGUUGGCGAAGCGCUUAAGUCGAGAGCUAAAAAUUCGACGCAGUGCUGAACAAAAAGUAAUGCGGUCACCGAGUGCACGCAAGAUUGGAUCCAUACGUCGUCGAUCCCGAGAAAGUGUUCGACUUUCGAGGAAUCAAUCGUGGCAUUUGGGACCGAGUACUAAACCAAUUAUAACAGCUACAUCUGAUUUAUCGUUUUAUCCGAAAACUAACCUCAAAAGAGGGCGACCAAACACUGUUCAAAGUGGUCUUAAGCAUCCUGAAGUAAGUCCGGUGAGGCGUGGUAAAAAAAGUGACGAAGAGUCGCCAAGCUACGUACAAAAUAUUACUGACGAGGAGAAACAAGAAGAUAAAUGGACCUGUGCACAAAGGUUCUUCAAUAACUCGGGAACAUCUGUACAAAGUUCGGAUACUGAAGGUACUACCAUAGAGCUUUUCAAAACACCAGAAUCCAAAAUUGAUUCUAGGCGGGCUCCGAUUAGAUCCGUUGAUAGUUCUACGAAUGUAACCCCACAUUUUGUAACCAGAAUUGAUAUAGGCGAAAUUAGAACUCCAAUGUUACCACCCGAGAUUCCUCCUCGAAAAACACCAAUGCUGCCACCGAAAACGCCAGGAAGAUUGAACACGGUUUUGCUCAAAACUCACUUGACUCCAUUACAAGAACUACAAUCAGGCCGUGCCUCUAUCGCACGAUUACGUAGCCAAAAUGCUGGGAUGGUUAUGGCAAAAGCAAAAUUGUUUGAUGGAUUAAUAACCAAAAGUACUACCGAUAAAACAACACAAUUACAUUCCCAAAAUAAUCGUCGACAAAGCAGUAUUUUUCUACAAAAACAUAACCCGAAUAUAAGCAAAAACUCGACGCCACCUAUGAAUGUUUCGGAUAAACUUCAGUUGCGACAAUUGCAGAAGGUUAAAAGUUCAACAACCGGUGGGAAAAGCCCGCAACGUUCAACACCACGGAAGCGUGCAUGUACGAAAUCACCCCACGGUGGAAUAAAUCGUAGAGAGAAGUUGCGACUGGUUGGAAAAUCGUCUGCUACAAAAGUUUUUCAUUCGCCUUGUGUUAUACGGAAUCUUCAAGAUAAUUCGAAAAAGUUAUUAUCCGUCAACUCUGAUAUCAGUGUGUGUUUUUCGUCGAAUCAUAACCUGGGCAACACAACUCCCCACAUAAGGAAGCAAUUUUUGAGAAACUCGCCCAGACGCUUAGUGAAAACUCCAGAUGGUAGAGAAAACAAACUUUUUCAUUCAAGUGGUCGACAGCAAACGCCCUUGAAGGCGACACCACUUUCUAAGCUAACCCUGGCAUCAUCGGGGGCAGUCAGCAAUGCUGACAGUCGAACGAGGCGUGAGUCGCCUCGGCUGUUAGCAAAUAGUACCAAAUGCCAAACCAGCACUAAGAUUGUCUAGUGUUGAGUAUACCAGAGUUCUAUUCGUCUGGUGAGGUGUUGUGUAGUUUUUUGCGAUAUUUGCGUUUGUAUCGAAAACAAAUAAAAAAUGUCUGCAAGAGUGAGGAGGCAAUUUAUGGAUGCGUAUGCGCUACUGGAAAUUUAUAUAACUGCCAGUUUUUAAUAUAAUAAGAAACAUAAA